AUUUUGUGCUUAAGUUCUCGCAUUGGUGUUUGGUCUGGACCGGUAGCUCUAAAGGACUGCAGCAUCAACAUGGCUUACACCCCGGCACCUGGCUACAUGCCAGUUUAUAACCCGACCCUCCCUUACCAUCAGCCUGUCCCCGGUGGACUCCGCCCUGGGAUGUCUGUAUAUGUGCAAGGCACAGUGCCCAAACACACCAACAGAUUCCGGGUGAACUUUGCCUGUGGCCAGCAUGAGGGCCACGACAUCGCCUUCCACUUCAACCCUCGCUUUGACGGGAGGGACAAAGUUGUGCUCAACACAUAUCAGGGGGGCAAGUGGGGAAAGGAAGAGCAUCACGGGAUGCCCUUCAAAAAGGGGCAGCAUUUCGAGGUCAUCUUCAUUGUCAAUGAUGCAGGAUACCAGGUCCUGGUGAACAGCAACCCCUUCUGCAGCUAUGGCCACAGAAUCCCCCCACAAUGUGUGCAGGUUGUGAGUGCUGAGGGAGACCUGGAGCUGCAGUCUCUGACCGUCAUGGGAGGACCAAUGAUGGGAAACAUGGGCACGAUGCCGAACCCUGGAUGUGGGCCACCCCAAAAUCUUCCUAUGAUGAUGGCCCCCGCAGUCCACCACCCCCCGGUGCCCUACACGGGCAGCAUUCUCGGAGGUCUGGGAGCCAAGAGGACCAUCGUAGUGCGGGGCUUCGUGCCGGUGAACGCAAACAGGUUCCAGAUCAAUUUUAUGGCUGGCCAGGAUAUCAUUCUGCACAUUAAUCCGCGCAUGGAUGAGAGAACCGUGGUGCGCAACAGCUUCCUGAAUGGCCGCUGGGGGCCUGAGGAACGGGACCUGCCCUUUAACCCUUUCCAACCUGGACAGUACUUUGAUCUCUCCAUCCGCUGCGGCAACCACCGAUUCAAGGUUUACGCCAAUGGCCAGCCCUUCUUCAACUACGCCCAUCGUUACCACAAUUUCCCACAGAUCGACACCCUCCGGAUCCACGGAGACGUGGUCCUUUCCUACAUCCAGUACUAAGCGUGGGGGGCGGGCAGAGAGCGGCCCGGCACAGGCCCCCAUUCCUCUCUCUCUCAAGGUCUGCAGGGACACUCCGGGUCCUGCUGGAUUGGCGCGGCCUACAAGCUCCAGUAAACUAACCAAUUGAUCAGACAGUCAAGAAAAACAGAGAAUAUUAAGCAGCAUUUUCAAUAAAGCACCUUGGUCAAGCAA